UUAUCUAGCUCAAUCUUUAAUUCCGCAUAUAUUAAUACUAGUAUCUGUACAACGUGGCUACUGUUCUUAUUAAACGUUUUUUACUUUUAUCUAUCGGAUCCCUCAUUUUGAAUUACAAAAUGACUGAAGUAAAGUUUUGUAGCUACUUUAAGAAUUUUAUUCUUUGUGGGGAAAUAGAUUUCCACUGCCUAUUAUGCCAAGAGUCAUUUUUUUAUUUAGAAACUGUGGAUAAGCAUCUGAAAUGGGAGAAACAUAGGAGCUUAUUGAAAAAGCAAGCAUACGAUGAGCGCUAUAGAAGAGACUUUUUGUUUAAGAUCAGAGACGAUUUUUACUGUGAGGCCUGCAACGAGCUGACUACUAAUCCUAAAAAACAUAGACAAUGUAGUUCUCAUGUUGAAGCUAAAAGUGUUUUAAAAAAACCUAAGUUUGAAACAACGAAUUACCCAAUAACGAGGCGUUCAGAUGGCAUAGUUUUUAUUGGCGAUUUCCAAGUUAGCGCCUUAGAAUGGCAUGGCAUAAAGAAAGAUUUCUGUACCGUAUGCUCUAGACAGAUUCAAGAUGUAACGAUUCAUAAUACUUUGAAUGUCCACGUAAUAAAUCUGAUACAAUCAAAGACUGUUAAAUGUAACGAAUAUUAUUAUAGAAUGCUAAGUCAAGAUAAAUUCUACUGCUUCAUAUGUCUUAACGUACAUGAUAUUUGCAUGAUGGAAGAUCAUAUGACUGAAGAUUGUGAUGUAGCAGAAAGAUAUAAAAACAACUAUUCGAAAAAGGCAUAUCGAAAUAUGAAAAAUUUAGUUGAAACUGAUCCUGAACUUCAUAGUGCACUUCUUAUCAUGAGCCAACAGUACUAUAAAAUAAAUGAUAAAAAAAGAGAAGCAGAAUGUCGUAUUUGUAACAAGACAGUUAAAGCUGAUAUAGCGGUUAUGAUCAAACAUAAAGAUAAACAUGAAAAUAAAAGGGAUUCAGACUGUGAUAAGCCAUACAAGGUGAAGUAUUCAGAAGUUGUUGACCACGGAAAAAGAAGGCACGAACUGGUAAAGUAUGGCAAGGAUAAUUAUAUUAAAUUUAAUACACUAGUAAGUUGGGGUUAUUGUACCAUGUGCCACACGAGAGUCUCCGCUAGCAUGCGACAGGUAUUCUCUCAUGUGCAUGGAGGACGUCACAAGUGUUUUCUAGAAUUACAAGGCCUUAGGAGACCGAGUAAACAUGAAAAGACCUAUUGGAGAAAAAUAAAGUUUACAAGCUUUAUGACAAGCAUAUUUAAAAUUAACGGCUCUUUUUAUCUUGUUAACGAUCAAAUACAAAUACAUUUUUCUUCGUUUAUGCUGUUAGGAAACUAUGGCAUUAAUACAGAUCAGUACAUAUGUUUUGGAUGCAAUGAAGUUAUAGAGAAAUCCGACGCUCAAAAUCAUUGCAAAACAAAGAGCCAUGUAAACAAUAUGUUAGCCUGUCAUGUUAUGACUGACUAUGAUGAAAAGUCAGAAUUUAUUCGAUUGAUUCGCCCAAACCUAUAUCACUGUGCCGUUUGCGAUCUUAUAUUACCAUAUUGGGAUAAUGUACGUGGACACAUAUCAGGACUUUCGCAUGGUGCUCGUAGGCGUGUAUGUCUUUUACCUUUCAAUGAAGCAAGUAUUUUACGGUCGAUGCACGGUCCUACGUUAAAUAGGAAUAAUAGUGUUAAUAUUCAUCUCAAACGUCUAGGUCUCAUUUAGAAGUUUAUGCAGAGUUGGCUUCAGAGACAAAUCUUUUCUUCUUUCUUUCUCUUUUGCCAUUAUAAAUUCAUAUGAAAUUUAUUGGACGUAGUACGCGUUUAAAUAAACCAUUUCAAACCAAUUGUUUCCAGCAAGAAAACGAUUUUGUCGCGAGUUACAUCUCUACAUAAAGCAUCACUUUUAUUCAAUAUUGUUCUUAGUUCAUCCUUAUUAAACCUAUAUCAAAGUACAUGGAGCUUCAUAAACUUGUCAUUUGUAGAUCCUUGUCACAUCAGAAAUCAAUUAUUAUGACCCCAUUUGAAAAAUGUUUGUAUCUUCAAAUUUGCAUUUAGAAUUAGACUUUUAUAAAUUUUUGCUGAACGGCGUUAAUGGACGAGAUUUAUUUAUUAAUGACAUGUUUACCACUUGCUGUAGCUGUACCAUGUGGUCGACAUAAUAUUUGGCCACAUUGAUCAAUAUAUUUCUAUAGCUGCUUGUCUGCUUUGACAAAUAUCGGUAAAUAUUUGUCAAACUCAUGGUACAACUACUUGUAGUAUUUUAUGCAAAAGAAAAGCAAGUUAAUAAAAACUACAAUAUUUUCCUUAGUCUUAUAAUGAUAAAAAUAUUUUGAGAAAGAAUCUUAAUUUACAAAUUAUUCUAGAUACAAGGGUCAUGACAAUGCAUAAUGUACUGGGAUAGGAUAUAUCUAAGCCUUUUUAAAACUAUUAAUACAGUUGUAGUCAAGACCAUGUAUUUAUAAAAAUAAAACCUUAACAUUCACUAAACCAUUGAGGAAAAUGUGAGAGUAACAUAAUAAAAUUCCUUGGAGAGAU